AUGAGAAUAACAUUUAGAGCAUUUGUGCACGGAAGUGACUCGUUAUGCUCUAACGACUUUCCCGAAAAUCCUCUCCGAGUUCCAAUUCUAGUGACAACUGUACCGGAAGAGAACGGCUUCAGGAUGCCCCGCGCAUCAGUAGUACACAUGACAUCGACCGCAACUCGACCCCAGCAUCUAUCUCAGGUGCUGGCAACUUUGGCGCUAUCAAUGGGAACGCUGUCAUGCGGACUGGCCAAAGGCUACACAUCACCGGCAGUAGACUCGAUCCUGGACAGCCAGCCACACCUCUAUCAAUCAUCAGGAAAUGACACUUGGUGGGCGUUUUCAGCGACCAAGCAGGAAGCCUCGUGGGUGGCAUCGCUCUCGAUGUUGGGUGCGGGGUUUGGCGCCAUGAUCGGUGACUGGAUAAUGCGUCGCGGUCGCAGGCUUGCUCUGCGUCUCACGUCCUUGCCUUUAGCGGCCGUUUGGAUCCUUACCGGAGUGGCCCCCUGCGUGGAGCUUGUCUUCACCACGAGCUUCAUCGGCGGGCUUUGUUGCGCGGUGAUCACAAUGGUCGCUCAAGUUUACAUAUCCGAAAUAUCAAUGCCAGCGAUCAGAGGCUGCCUAUCGGCGAUGCUUAAAGUCGUCGGGCACGUGGGCGUCUUGUUUUCCUACAUAGCUGGCUCCUACCUCAAUUGGCGUCAAAGCGCCGUGGUUGUUGCAAUUGCACCAACAAUGCUGUUUUUCGGUACGCUUUUUAUUCCAGAGACACCGUCGUACCUGGUCCUAAAUGGCCGGGAUGAAGAAGCUACAGGGAGUCUCAAAUGGCUGCGUGGAUCCCACGUUGAUGUUCGUCAAGAAUUGCAGGUCAUCAAGACAAACGUGCUGGCAUCACGGGCGAAACAAUACGAGCUGACAUUUCGCAAUAGCGUAUUGACACCGCGAUUGUACAAACCAAUUGCUAUAACAUGUGGGCUGAUGUUCUUCCAGAGAUUUUCGGGUGCCAAUGCAUUCACUUAUUACGCAGUUAUUGUAUUUCGACAAACAUUAGGCGGUAUGAGUCCACACGGAGCCACCAUAGCCAUUGGAUUCGUUCAACUUCUUGCAUCACUCUUAUCAGGGUUUCUAAUCGACAUCGUAGGAAGACUACCUCUCUUGAUAGCCAGCACGGUAUUCAUGUCUCUGGCACUAGCAGGAUUCGGAAGCUAUGCAUACUACAAUUCAGUGUCGCAAAAUAUGCUUGAGAAUUCACCGGCAAUAGGACAACACGACUGGAUACCCCUACUGUGUGUCCUGGUGUUCACAACUGCCCUUGCGCUGGGCAUAUCGCCAAUUUCGUGGCUAUUGAUUGGGGAGCUCUUCCCUCUCGAGUACCGCGGCCUUGGCUCUAGUAUCAGCACCAGUUUUAGCUAUUUCUGCGCGUUCUUUGGCAUCAAGCUUUUCAUGGACUUCCAGCAGUUACUGGGUCUUCAUGGAGCGUUUUGGUUCUACGCAGCGGUGGCAGUUUGCGGACUGUGCUUCGUGGUGUGCUGCGUACCAGAGACCAAGGGAAAGCAGCUGGACGAGAUGAACCCAGACUACGCUCAAGCUCGUGGCGCGUAUCCCAACGAGCAUGAUCCCAGAAAGAUCUACACUGAUAUCGCGUCAUCGGGAACAGGAACAGCUGGGUGUUAUCCACAGUCACUGCGUGAUCAAUUGGCUGGUAUUACCAAGGGUAAAUCAUCGAGCAGGCGUUAUCUAUCGCGGCGUAAAUUAACAGAUUACUGCGGUAUCGUUGUUGAAAAGACCGGACGUAUCACCCGCAACGUCGGUAACUUUAUCCAGACCCACAGAUUUAUGCCUACCCGCAAUCUUAUGAAAUCUACCCGGAAUCCCAAUUGCGGGGACAUUAAGCUCCACAAUUUCGCGGAUUAUGACUCCAGUAGCAGGUUCUUUACUUCUGGGCAAGAUCAGUGGAGCCAGAUGAACUUUGUGGUGAAUUCCGAGAUCCAGGAAGAAUAUCACCAAGAGCAAAACCAAACUGUCUUUAUCAACGAAAUAGACGGAAAUCCAUCGCCUGAAUCUAGACGAACUAGGCGACAGUUCACCCGGUUUAAGCACAACGAUCUUGAAUUGUUGAAGUAUGGUAACUUCAAUCCCCGGGUUUUAUACUCGAAUUUGCCGAGGACUAGGUUAAGUAACGGAUACUUUAAUGGACAUUUAACCCGUCGGUUGAGCAGCAGUGAUCUUACCGACGCGGAUAUCGACCGAGUGUUGGAACGCGAUACUACUUUUCACUUGCCGACGAGCAUCAUGACACCCCGGGCUGAGUACGGAAGCACCAGCAGCAUGUCCCUGCUCGAAAGGUACAGAAGAUUUUAUGAAGAAAGCGAUGAUCGCGAUGAAAAUUAUCUUAAACUUUAUCAGAGUCUGUCGAGGUUAGAUAGAUUUAUGCCCAAGGAAAAAUACGUCCCGGGUAAAGUGCAUUAUGAAAGAGAGUAUAGAAUCUAUGGCAGAGAUACUGUUGCGCUUAUUUACUACAAGACCUGUUACUUGUGA